GAGUCACGAUGCGGUCGACGUCGUCGUCGUCAGCGCCGUUGUUGUUGUGACCUCGGAGUGCGUACGUUGACCGCGCGGCAUGCAGUGGUGGUAGAGGCGGAGGAUGCUGAAGGAGCGCGAGGUGUCGGCGGCGGCGCUCGAGGCGAGCUGCUGCGCCGGCUGCGGCGCCCGCAUCUGCGACCGCUACUUCCUGCUGGCCGCCGACCGCCAGUGGCACUCCGCGUGCCUGCGCUGCUGCGACUGCAAGCUGCCGCUCGCCUCCGAGCUCACCUGCUUCUCGCGCGACGGCAACAUCUACUGCAAGGAGGACUACUACAGGCUGUUCGCGGUGAAGCGGUGCGCGCGGUGCCAGGCGGGCAUCUCGGCCAGCGAGCUGGUGAUGCGCGCGCGCGACCUCGUCUACCACGUGCAGUGCUUCACGUGCGCGUCGUGCGGCGUGCCGCUCGCCAAGGGCGACCACUUCGGCAUGCGCGACGAGCUCGUGUACUGCCGGCCGCACUACGAGCUGCUCUACAGCCAGGACGCGGCCGGCGCGCCCUACUGCGACCUCGAGGCCGCCUUCCGGGCCGGCGCCGGAAGCUGCCGUCCGCCGUCGAGCCGCAGGACAUGCCCGUGGGCCUGCGCAUCCCCGCCGCCGCGCUCGGUGAGUCCAGCCUCAAAGAUGCUGCACCCCUCGGAGCUGUCGUCGUCCAUGGAGUCCCUGGGGUACGACUCGUCGGUGACGUCACCGGGGAACCCGGCCGGCCAGCAGCAGCAGCAGCAGCGCACCAAGCGCAUGCGCACGUCCUUCAAGCACCACCAGCUGCGCACCAUGAAGUCCUACUUCGCCAUCAACCAGAACCCGGACGCCAAAGAUCUUAAGCAGCUCGCGCAGAAGACGGGGCUGUCGAAGCGAGUCCUCCAGGUAUGGUUCCAGAACGCGCGCGCCAAAUGGCGGAGGAACCUGAUGCGGCAGGAGGGAGGCGGACAGGGGGGCCCCGGCCAAGGCAUGUCUAACAGCAUAUCUGACACGCUGAGUGGGAAUCAGACCUUGAAUCUUCAAAUUCAUAUGCAGUGGCGUAAAGCACAACAGCAAGAGCGUCAUUCUCUCGCCAAUCAGAGGACAGAAUGCUGGAGGUAG